CUAGAGCGAACGCUGGAGCUGCAGCACAUAUAUAGCUAAAGAAAACUAUAUCAAAAAUAAUUUCAUACGCCGCGUGGAACCUUCAAAGCAUUCAAAAUUCAUCGUCUAAGCAAAGCGGAUGCAGCCAAUUGAAAGAAUUUAACAUAGAAACCAAAAAAAAAAGAAAACAAAUUAAUAUAAAACAAACAAAAAGCCAAUCAAAACGUGCAUAUCAAACGACAAAAACCAAAUAAAACCAAUCAAACGAAGCAUUUAACAGGACAACAGGACAACAACAACAACAACUACUACAACCACAACAACAACAACAACAACAACAAUAGCAACAACCACAACAACAACUGCGUGGGUGCAUGCCGCGGAUCAGCCGCGGAUUAUGUCACGCGACGAUUAUAAUCCAGUGAAUAGCUCUGGUGUUCGCAGUCCGGGUCGCGUGCGUCGACUGCAGGAAUUGCCAACGGUCGAUCGAUCACCAUCAAGGGAUUACGGCGCACGCGGAAGUCCACUAGCAAUGGGCAGUCCAUACUACCGCGACAUGGAUGAGCCAACAAGUCCCGCCGGAGCGGGACAUCAUCGCAGCCGUAGCGCCAGCAGACCACCGAUGUCACAUGCCAUGGACUAUCCAAGAACCCGCUAUCAGUCGCUCGAUCGUGGCGGACUUGUGGAUCCGCAUGAUCGUGAAUUCAUACCCAUACGAGAGCCACGUGAUCGCUCCAGGGACAGAUCCCUGGAAAGGGGCCUGUACCUGGAGGAUGAACUCUAUGGCCGUUCGGCGCGACAAAGUCCCAGUGCGCUAGGAGGCUAUAAUACGGGCAUGCCAACAUCGGAUCGCGCCUAUUUAGGUGAUUUGCAGCAUCAGAACACGGACUUGCAGCGUGAGCUGGGGAAUUUGAAACGAGAGCUGGAGUUGACGAAUCAAAAGUUGGGCAGCUCGAUGCACAGCAUCAAAACAUUUUGGUCGCCAGAGUUGAAGAAAGAGCGAGCGUUGCGCAAAGAGGAGAGCGCCAAGUACAGUAUGAUCAAUGAUCAGCUAAAGCUGCUUAGCACAGAGAAUCAGAAACAAGCGAUGCUCGUGCGCCAGCUGGAGGAGGAGUUGCGCCUGCGCAUGCGUCAGCCCAAUCUGGAGAUGCAGCAGCAAAUGGAGGCUAUCUAUGCUGAGAAUGAUCAUCUGCAGCGUGAGAUUAGCAUCUUGAGGGAGACCAUCAAGGAUCUUGAGUGCCGAGUGGAGACACAGAAGCAGACGCUGAUCGCACGCGAUGAGAGUAUCAAAAAGUUAUUGGAAAUGCUGCAAGCCAAAGGCAUGGGCAAAGAGGAGGAACGACAAAUGUUUCAGCAAAUGCAGGCGAUGGCACAAAAACAGAUGUACAAUAACUACUCGGGCAUCAGCGGAAGCAGCCCCCCAUUACCAGAUAUCAUUGGACAAUAUUACGGAAAUUUAGGUCCCGGCUCUGGUUAUUUACCGACAGCAUCGACAUUGAACGGUCACCUGGGCUACAGCAAUGCUGGCUAUGAUCUGUAUGGUCCAUCGAGCUCAACCGGCUACCUAUAUGAUCCAGCUGGAGCAGCAGCCGCUGCAGCCGCUGCCGCCGCAGCAGCCCAGUUCUAUGGACAACAAACGUCGCCAAUACGUCGACGCCGCUACAGCAUUGCCGGUCUGCCAUCGGCGACAAUGUAUAACGAUAUUUACGGGUAUCCGGCGCCGCCGUUGCAACAGACCAGCUCAUCGAACAUUGUCAAUUUGCUGAACGAGGCACAUAAAUCGAUAUCGCGCUCAUCACAAAUCUUAAAUCUGAGCCAUCAGGCCAGGCAGCUGGGCCAAUUGACGUUGGUGACCACACCGCUGUCCGGUCGUGUGGUCUCUAGCUAUCCAACGCUGCAUCCGGGCGACACAACGUCGCCGACAUCAUAUUUAAACGAUAACCUGCUGCAAAUGUCGACGAGCUUCUCAUCCCAACCGAACAUGUACUUCCAGCCGCAAACGCAGCCGACGCAGCUGACGGCAGCGCAAAGCGCCGCUGCGGCAGCUGCGCGCUUACGUCCGGCCUAUUCCGUAUCGAAUCUUAUGGCUGGCUACCCAACAGCAGCCAGCUGCAAGUACGGCACAACAGGCUAUGCGAAUCCCUAUCAGAGUGAUUUGGGCGGCUAUGGCAUGGGCUUGGGCCUGGGCCUGGGCUCCAAUUUGGGCCUAGGCAUGGGCCUGGGCCUGCAGCCAUCGUCGUCAUCGUCGGCGGCACUUGCGCAGCAGCGUCUCAUGUCACACUCACUGCAUGCCUCAAAUCCCGCCAUAUCGCAGUAUUAUCAGCAACAGCAGCAUUCGAUGCCACCGCCGGUCAGCUCGUCGCUAUCUUACAAUUUGCAACAGCAAUUCGCGGGCACGCAGCAACAACAACAAGCACAACAACAAUCGCAACAACCACAAUCACACAUACAGGCCUCGGUGCAACAGCAGAUGAAUCCGCAGUAUCAAUAUCAUGUGCAUUCGCACCAAAAUCAUCUGCAAACCCAUCCGCUGGCAGCGUUGGCAAAUACGAGCGGCCCAUUUGGCGGUACGCUAGCGAGCAGUGCUCGAGAUGUCCUUGGCGCUGGCUACGAUACGCUGCAGCAUCCGCAUUCGCAUUCGCAUCUACAUUCACUACAACAACAACAACAACAGCAUCAUGUACCGAUCGGACUGCAUGCAUCGUCAUAUCCGCACACGCACCACCACCACAACCACAACCAUCAUAACCACCAUCACCACCAAAGCCAUCAACAGCAGCUGCAUCAGCAACAACAGCAACAACAUCAUCAUCAUCUACAUCAUUUGCCAUACUCGAAACUAGACUUAGAUUAUCCGAAACUGCCGCAAGAGCAUAAGCGACAAUUGGACGAAUUCCGUCUUGAAAUACAAAGAAGGGAUCAAGAGAUACUGGCGAUGGCGGCCAAAAUGAAAACGCUCGAGGAGCAGCAUCAGGACUAUCAGCGGCACAUAGCGGUACUUAAGGAAUCGCUAUGUGCCAAAGAGGAGCACUACAACAUGCUGCAGACGGACGUGGAGGAGUUGCGGGCCCGACUGGAGGAGAAGAAUCGUUUGAUCGAGAAGAAGACCCAGGGUACAUUGCAAACGGUUCAGGAGCGAAAUCGUCUAACCAGCGAACUCACCGAGCUCAAGGAUCACAUGGACAUCAAGGAUCGCAAGAUCAGUGUGCUGCAGCGCAAGAUCGAGAACCUGGAGGACCUGCUGAAGGAGAAGGACAACCAGGUGGAUAUGGCGCGAGCACGUCUCUCGGCCAUGCAAGCGCACCACAGCAGCUCGGAGGGCGCCUUGACCAGCCUGGAGGAGGCCAUCGGCGACAAGGAGAAGCAAAUGGCGCAGCUGCGCGAGCAACGCGAUCGGGCCGAGCACGAAAAGCAAGAGGAACGAGAUCUGCACGAACGCGAAGUCGCCGAAUACAAAAUGAAGCUGCGCGCGGCCGAAAGCGAUCUGGAGAAGUUGCAGACACGGCUCGAACGGGCCGUCAAUGAGCGAGAGCGUCUGGAGAUCAAGCUGGAAGCGUCACAGAGUGAGCUGGGCAAAUCGAAAGCGGAGCUGGAGAAGGCCACGUGUGAGAUGGGUCGCAGCAGUGCCGAUUGGGAGUCGACGAAGCAGCGCAUAGCCCGCCUCGAGCUGGAGAAUGAGCGACUCAAACACGAUCUGGAACGUUCGCAGGUACUCAAUGUACAAAAGUUAAUGUUCGAAUCGGGCAAAAUAUCGACCACAUUUGGCCGCACCACAAUGACCACAUCUCAGGAGCUGGACCGGGCGCAGGAGCGUGCUGACAAAGCAGCCGCCGAACUGCGACGCACGCAGGCGGAGCUGCGUGUGACACAGGGCGAAACUGAAAAACGUUUUUCGGAUGCGGAACGUGCACGCGAAGAAGCCGCCGCCCUGCAAGAGAAACUGGAAAAGAGCCAAGGUGAAGUUUAUCGACUGAAAGCGAAGCUGGAGAACGCCCAGGGCGAACAGGAAAGUCUGCGCCAGGAACUGGAGAAGGCGCAGAGCGGUGUCUCCCGCAUACACGCAGAUCGCGAUAGGGCAUUCGCUGAGGUGGAGAAGAUCAAGGAGGAAAUGGAACGCACUCAGGCAACGUUAGGCAAGGCGCAGCUGCAGCACGAGAAGCUGCAAAAUGCGCUGGACAAGGCACAGAAUGAGGUCGAUCACCUGCAGGAUAAACUGGACAAGGCUGGCGCCGAGAACCGUCGUUUGGUCCUCGAGAAGGAGAAGCUGACCUACGACUAUGAUAAUCUCCAAUCCCAGCUGGACAAGGCGCUCGGACAGGCGGCGCGCAUGCAAAAGGAGCGAGAGACUCUAACGCUGGAUACGGAUCGCAUACGCGAAAAGUUGGAGAAGACGCAGCAACAACUAGCGCGCAUACAAAAGGAGAGGGAUCAGUUCUCGGAUGAACUGGAAACGCUCAAGGAGCGCUCGGAGUCCUCACAGACGCUGCUGAUGAAGGCCGCCAGGGAUCGUGAGGCGAUGCAAACAGAUCUUGAAGUGCUUAAAGAACGCUAUGAGAAAUCGCAUGCUAUACAACAGAAAUUGCAGAUGGAGCGCGAUGAUGCCGUCACUGAGGUGGAAAUACUUAAGGAGAAGCUGGACAAGGCCCUCUACGCCAGUCAGAAGCUCAUCGAUGAGAAGGACACGUCGAACAAGGAGUUCGAGAAGAUGUUGGAGAAAUAUGAUCGAGCUCAAAAUGAAAUUUAUCGAUUGCAAUCGCGAUGCGACACGGCUGAGGCGGAUCGCGCUAGGCUCGAAGUGGAGGCGGAACGCUCGGGUCUGGCCGCUUCGAAAGCACGCGAGGAUCUGCGUAAGCUACAGGACGAGAGCACACGCCUGCAGGAGGCAUGCGAUCGCGCCGCCCUGCAGCUCAGCCGCGCCAAGGAGAGCGAGGAUAAUGCACGCAGCGAACUGGAGCACCAUCGAGAUCGCUUCGACAAGAUGCAAACGGACAUCCGACGAGCUCAGGGCGAGAAGGAGCACCUCCAGUCAGAGCUGGAGCGCGUCACCUACGAGCUGGAGCGCGCCCACGCGGCACAGACCAAGGCGGCCGCCAGCGUGGAGGCGGCCAAGGAGGAGGCCGCCCACUAUGCCGUCGAGCUGGAGAAGCUGCGUGAACGCUACGAGAAGAAUCAAGUGGAGCUCAGGAAACUGCAGGAUACGGACACCUUUGGCCGGGAGACGCGUCGCUUGAAGGAGGAGAACGAGCGGCUGCGCGAGAAGUUGGACAAGACGCUGAUGGAAUUGGAGACGAUACGCGGCAAGUCGCAGUACGAAUCCGAGUCCUUUGAAAAGUACAAGGACAAAUACGAAAAGAUCGAGAACGAGAUACAGAACAUGGAGUCGAAGCUGCACGAGACGAGUCUGCAACUGGAGCUAUCGAAGGGAGAGGUGGCCAAACUGUUGGCCAAUCAGGAGAAACAGCGCAGCGAACUAGAGCGUGCGCACAUUGAGCGUGAGAAGGCGCGCGAUAAGCACGAGAAACUGCUGAAGGAGGUCGAUCGUUUGCGCCUGCAACAGUCCUCGGUGAGCCCCGGCGACCCGGUUCGUGCAUCCGCCUCGUCGCUGUCCAUGACGGCGGGCGAGCGACAGGAGAUCGAUCGGCUGCGUGAUCGCCUCGAAAAGGCGCUGCAGUCGCGUGAUGCCACUGAACUGGAGGCCGGUCGCUUGGCCAAGGAACUGGAGAAGGCACAAAUGCAUUUGGCCAAACAGCAGGAGAACACCGAAUCGACGCGCAUCGAAUUCGAACGCAUGGGCGCUGAGCUGGCUCGCCUGCACGACCGUCUCGAGAAAGCGGAGGCCGAAAAGGAAGCCUUAAGGCAGAGCAGUCGAGGCGCCCAGGCUGGGGCAGCCGCCAAUCCGCAGCUCGAGAAGCAUGUGCAGAAGCUGGAGAGCGAUGUCAAGCAGCUGGCCAUGGAGCGAGAGCAACUGGUGCUGCAGCUGGAGAAGAGUCAGGAGAUUUUGAUGAACUUCCAGAAGGAGCUGCAGAACGCCGAACAGGAAUUGCAAAAGACACGCGAAGAGAAUCGCAAGCUGCGCAACGGCCAUCCCGUGGCUCCGGCCGCACCCGCCGAAAUCCAGGCCAUGCAGAAGGAGAUCCAAACGCUGCAACAGAAGCUCCAAGAGUCGGAACGAGCGCUGGCCGCUGCAGGACCACAACAGCAGGCAGCGGCGGCGGCUGGCGGUGCGAGUCGCGAAGAGAUCGAGCAAUGGCGCAAGGUUAUCGAGCAGGAGAAGAAUCGCGCCGACAUGGCUGACAAGGCUGCCCAGGAGAUGCACAAGCGCAUACAGUUAAUGGACCAACACAUCAAAGAUCAGCAUGCACAGAUGCAAAAGAUGCAGCAGCAGAUGGCGCAGCAGCAGCAGCAAGCGGCGGCGGCGGCGCAAGCGGCAGCGCAGCAAACAGCUGCAGCUGCGGGCGGCGGCGUCGAUGCGAAGGAGCUGGAAAAGGUCAAGAGCGAGCUGCAGGCGGCCUGCACAGAACGAGAUCGAUUCCAGCAACAGCUGGAGCUGCUGGUGCAAGAGCUGGAGAAGAGUCAAAUGUCCAAUCAGGAACAGGCAAAGCAGCUGCAAGCGGCGCAGCAGCAAGUGCAACAACUGCAACAGCAAAUACAAACGCUGCAACAACAAAUGCAACAGCUGCAACAAGCGGGCACUGCCGGCGCCGCUGCCACCGAUGUGCAGCGCCAGCAGCUAGAGCAGCAGCGAUUGCAGCUGGAGGAGGUGCGCAAGCAGAUCGACAACCAAGCCAAGGCGACCGAAAGCGAGCGAAAAAUCAUCGACGAGCAGCGCAAACAGAUCGAUGCGAAGCGCAAGGAUAUCGAGGAGAAGGAGAAGAAAAUGGCCGAAUUCGAUGUGCAGCUACGCAAGCGCAAGGAGCAAAUGGAUCAGCUGGAAAAAUCACUGCAAACGCAAGGCGGCGGCGCCGCAGCAGCCGGCGAGCUCAACAAAAAGCUUAUGGAUACGCAGCGACAGCUCGAAGCCUGCGUCAAGGAACUGCAAAACACAAAAGAGGAGCACAAGAAGGCGGCAACCGAAACGGAGCGACUGCUGCAAUUGGUACAAAUGUCACAGGAGGAGCAAAACGCCAAAGAGAAGACAAUUAUGGAUUUGCAACAAGCCUUAAAGAUCGCUCAAGCCAAAGUCAAACAAGCACAAACACAACAACAGCAGCAGCAGGAUGCUGGGCCCGCUGGCUUUUUGAAGAGCUUUUUCUAAGCCACAGUAUAUGCGUAUAAGUACUUGUAUAAGUACAAGCCUAACAUAACAAAUAACAGCACUGUCUACUAUUUUGUAUACUACCGAUUACCGUUACCGACUAUGCAGUAUUUCUUCUACUAAUACACACACACACACACAUUUGUAAAUGACAUAUGUAAAUGCAAGAAAAUUAUUUGAUAUUUUAUUAUAUUGUAAUUAGGUUGCCGCUAUACUCAAAUUAUGAAUGCAUUUAUGUAAAUGUCUCUCUCUCUAUCUCUCUCUCUGUAUCUAUCUUGAAACUUGAACUCAAAACUUUCAACUUAAACUUAAAACUCACUUCACUUCGCCCUCUCCCUCUCUCUCUCUCUCUCACACACACACACGUUCUCUCGCUACCUAGUUAACUGUUGAAGUUUGAAUCUUUCGUCUUAUACGCUGUAAAGUAGGCAAUACUUACCCGAAAUUGUACUCGAACUGAGCUUACACGACGCCUGAGAUACCCUGUAAAUGGAAGAAAAUGUUUUUAUUAGAUUUCUGCGUCAACUCAAAAUUGAGUUCAUUUAUCUCUUCCCCUUUAACUACGCACUAUUCGUUAUUUUUCUAUUGCAUACGGCGCGAAUGUGAUUCACAACAAAAAUAUGAGAAAAAAUACUAAAAGCAAAACAAAUUAACAAAUAAUAAUUAUUAAAUAUACAAAUUAAUAUACAUAUAUAUAUACUACGUAUAAAUUGUUAGGCGACGUAUCGGAAUAAAAUAUAUAAAAAUAUUUAGAUAUAUAUAAAUAUACAUAUAUAUCAGACACUGUAUAUACAGCAUCUAUCGAUAUGACAAAGCAUACAAAACUAAAGAGUAGAGCAAUAAAUUUAUAUAAUCCCUAUAUAUAUAUAUAUAUAUUAUAUAUAUCGAAUAUCGUAUAUAUGCGUAGCCUUUAGCCGUGUACCAAAGAAAUAUACCAAAAGAAACAUAUAUGCCUAGAAAAAAAACAAAUUCAAACUCAAUAAAACAUACGAAAAAUUAAUACAACAAAAAUUUCGAUAAAUCGGAGCUCUAUAUAUAUUUUAAAUUAGUUCAAAUAUACAUCUAUGGCAUCUAACUCAUACAAGAAUAUCCCGAAUGCAAAACCAGCAGCUAGUUCAAUUUUCAGCGGAGUAGCCCUAAUGUUUACUUUUGAUUUAAGAAGACAUUAGAUAAAUGCAAAAUGCUGUUAUUGUUAUCGGUAUUUAUAUAUAGAUAUAUGCAUAUAUAUAAAAUAUAUCGUUAAUAAAUAUACAAUAAUUUGCUUUGUUUCUACUAAAGUUUAUUUAAAGCCAAGAUUAAGAAUUUUUAACACUGCCAAUUUUUCGAUUAAUCUUAAUUUAAAUGUGCGAAAAAUCGAUCAAAAAAUUCCUUAUAAAUUUUAAAUGAAAAACAUCAAAGAAACCCCAUAUUAGCAGUAUUUUUGUAAUCUGAGUUUUUAUUGCUACACAAAAACAUUAAAUUAUUUGCUGUUUAUCGAUAGGCGGGAAUAUCCUUGUUGUCCAUACAACAGUGCCCAUGACAUUCAGUAUACA